AUCAACAGAGAAAAAAGAGAGAAGAUGGGAGGAGCGUGGUCUUACUCUAAAAAGAUCAGCAGAGAAGAACUGAAGGCAGGCGAUCACAUCUAUUCAUGGAGGAGGAGUGGCUUACACCUCUACGCUCAUCACGGGAUAUAUGCAGGUGAGGGGAUGGUGAUCCACUUCACUCAGGCUGCGGGCGGCGUUUCAGUUAGCUCAGCUUGGUCAGCUGCACCUACUUACUCCCGUUGCCCAAUUUGCGGGUAUCACUCGGGGCUUAAUGGUGUCAUAUCUUCCUGCAUUGAUUGCUUCCUUUCUGGUGAUGAACUCUUCCUGUAUGAGUAUGGUGUCUCACGGGCCCGACGAGGGAUCAGUACCUGUAAAGUUUCUGAUCCACCCGAAAUUGUCCUUGAUCGUGCUGAAUCUAUUCGUCGUAAUGGUUUUCCUGGCUACAACAUCUUGAUCAACAACUGUGAGAACUUUGCAAUCUAUUGUAAGACGGGUGAAGGCGUUGGCAUCCCGAUUGGACAGGCAAACCCAUUUUAAGCUUUCAUUAAGAGCAUCCCCAACCCACCUGCCAUAUGAACAGUCAAUUCAAAAUAUAAUAGGUGGAUUAAAAUUGUGGUCUCCAAUGGCAUACUAUAUUACCUAUCAAAAUUUGGCUUUGUCAUUUUUGGUGCCAAAUCUAGCACAAGAAGCUAUUUUUGAAAAGAGAGAGAGAGAGAGAGGGGCGAUGGAAACUAAAAGAUAUGGGUUUUGAUUUUUUGAACAAUCUGAAAUGAUAUGCCGAUAUAUAUAUAUAUAUAUAUAUAUAUAUAUAUACAUAUAUUUAAAAAAGAUCAUAAAAAAUUUCACCAAAUAGGAUUUAGUUUGCAAAACAAGAAUUACAGACCUUGAUUAGUUGAUUUAGAAAAAAAAUUAAAACAAAACCCAUACGUACAAGUUAGCAAUUGCAGAGAGAGAGAGAGGGGGGGCAAGCUUGAGAGUUGAGAGACAGCGGUUGAAGCUUGCAAACGGCGAACCCGAACUGGAACAACGAGCGAUGGAAACUGAAAGAUAUGGGUUUUGAACUUCUGAUUCUUGUUGAUUUUGUAGUUUGCAGUUGCAGGGAGAGGGAGGCAAUUUCAGAGUUGAGAACAAGAAUAGAGAUGGACGCGAUUGGGGAGGUUUAAAUGAUUUGCCCAAAAACUAUAUAUAUAUUUGGGAGGCUGAAAUGAUUUGCCCUAUAUAUAUAUAUAUGUGUGUGUGUGUGUGUGUGUGUGUGUGUGUGUAU